AAAUUUCUUUCACGUUGUGGACGGAUUGGCUGAUGCAGAUUUUUGGUUUCAGAAUUCUGUGAUUCGACAAUUUGACCAAUGUAGUUGUAAUUUAUUUGCAAAUGUCUCUAUCGGGCGAAGAAUUUUCGCGAUUGCAGAGUCAAAUUUUGGAUCUCCGGAAAGCUAAUUACGAACUGAAAGAUAAACUUGACAAGCAAACUAAUGAAAACAGCGGACUGAGAGAGAUUCUUCAGCGACAGAAGGUUGAGCUCACCAAAAACAAGGUACAAGGAUCCUUGCUCUCAACUAUAAGUAAAGUGGGUCGUAAUCAAGACACGGAACAACUGAGCCAGGAGAGAGACAAAUUGCAGCAGAAACUUCAACAGCAAGAAGAAGAGUUCAAACUUCAGAACAAUACGCUUCUCGCCGAAGUAGAAAAGCUCCAAAGCGACAACAAUGCACUUCAGAGGCAAAUUAAUGAGCUGCAGUCAUCGUCGGAAAAUACCUCAUUGCACAAACGAUUACAGCUAAAUGGUGAAAGUGACAUCGGAACUACAGAAGAAAAUUCAGAAUGUGCCUCCGAGUCCUCAUUAGACGUAGAUGGAUUACACGAAGAGCGAAAAAUUAUAUCCGACCAGAUGCGAGAUGCACAGGCUUCCUACAAAUUCGAUAACGACAAGUUAAAAUCCGAAGUCGAGAAAUUACAAGAGAAGGUGAGAAAGAAGCAAGAGAGCAUUGUUCUUCUGCAAGAAGAAAAAGAGCAUCUCUACAACGACAACGCCAGACUGCAGGAUGAGAUAAAACACAUGGCAGUCGACAAGCAGAAAGAGCUGGCAGCCGAAAAGGAGAAGUUCAAUAGCUCAAUAAGUCUGAAAAAUGAGGAGAUAGACCAGCUGAAGAGUUUCUCGACCAAUCGGAUCAAAGAAUUGGAAGCGGUCAUUUCUUCCCUAACUAAAGAGACCACAGAGACUGUGAACAUUUCUUCAAGACAAACAGCCGAACUAGAAGUGGCUCUGAAAGAAGCGAGUGAGAGAUUCGACAGUCAGUGUCUCCUCCACAGACAACUGCAGGUGGCCCAUGAUGACCUGGUGGCAGUAAAUGAGUCACUGAAGCAACACAGGGCUACUCUGGAGGAGGAACUCGAUAAAGCUAAAUUGGAAAACGAAGACUUCAGAGCUACACUUGAUGACAUGAAACUGUCAGUGGGAAACUUGACUGCAGAAAAUGGGAAAAACUUUGCCAAAAUACGACAACUCGAAACAUCUCUAGAAGAGGCAUCAGCGUUGGCGGAAAAGCGUAAAAACAUGAUGGAAGACAUCGCAACACAGUGUCAGAAGAGUGUGGAGCAAUUGAAAGCAGAACACAAAAGUGCAAUUCACAAUGAGUCCCAGCUGAGAGAAGAACUGAAACUAUGCCAGCUGCAAAACUGCGAACUGGAGGCGCAAAUGCACAAGUUGACCGAAGAGAACAGUGCGUUGUCGGGUGUAUUGGAUCAACUGAAACGUCAGAAUGCGGAACUGAGAACGAAUUUGAGCUCCUGUGAGGAGAAGUUAAGCGCAGUAACAAGCGAGUUGGAAGUAAAAGUAUCAGCUUUAGAGACACAGCAUUCAACUACGUGUAAAGAAUUGAAAAAACAGAUAGAAGAUUUGAAGAAAGACUUGGAGAUCCAAGGCGGUGCUAUGAAGAAAUCUUCUGCCAGAAUCAGUGAUCUAGAACAACAAGUUCUGGACAAGGUCGAGGAGCGGAGAAUAGGCGAACAGAAACUAGUGGUGAAACUGAAAGAUAUCCAAAAAGUUGCCAAACAGGAAAAACAAAGAGCGGACAAAUUAGAAGCCAAACUGAAAGAUUUUCUCUCAAAUGCGCCAAAAUUAGACUCAAUUAAAACGGGGUAUGAUGAUGUAUAUUUGUCAGUGUCCCCCGCUAAGUACUCAAAUAGUGCUCUGGGAGCAGGAGGCGAUGGUGACUCUUUGAGCGUCUCAAGUUUCGGACAACUGAGUGAUUUGCCAUUUACUGCUUCACCAAACUACCAAUCACAGUCUACUGCCAAUGCUGCACAUUCGGCGCAAGAUGGCGUGCCAACUUUCAGCCAAUCACAAAUCGCCAAUGGCUGUGCUGCUGAAGAUAUCCAGCAUCUGUUCGACAGAAUUGCAGAUUUGCAGCAAGAGAAAUGGAUGCUAGAAGAAAAGCUGUCUCAUCUGGAGACGAACUGUGCUAGCUUGUCGGAUGACCUAAUAGAGAAGUCUCGCAUCAUAGAGAACUACAUCAUUGAGAAAGGACACAUAGAUCGCACCUGUUCGCCCUCCAGUUCCACCAACAAUUUCUCAGCGGAAUCCACAAACCAACAACAACAACAACAACAGCCCCUCACAGGGCAGAUGUUGAAGCAGGGUCUGAAGAACAGAAUGAGGGAGUUCAUCAAGCAGGAUGAGUUGAGCAGCAGAGAUGUGAACAAGCGACUGCAGAACAUGCUGGAGGAGACAUUGACCAAAAACAUACAGCUACAGAAGGACGUCGACAUGUUGAGUGGCGAACUGGCAAAACUUCAGCACUAGUCUGUGAUCUUUCAUCUCGUUAUUCUGAUAAAAUGCAAUCAGAAGUUGAUGAGCUCCACAUCCAUACAGUGCAUCAUCGACCAGACAUAACCCAGACAGUGUUCAAAUCCAAAUUUAAACAAUUCUGAAUCAUGAGAGUAUCUAAAUGUCUCGAAAAAGAAGAAGACACAUCAUUGUAUUGCAAUGUGAAAACUAUAAACAAGACUAUAGAAACUCAGUGCUAGUAGGGAUCGUAGUCGUCACUGAAUGCAAGAAUCUAUUCAUAUGAUCACACUUUUAUACUCUUCUUUUCUGUUUUCUGCCCUCCUUCUUUAAAGUGUUAAUGGACCAUAUAAUGUGAUAAAUUGCCAAAUCUGAUCGUAUGGUUUUUGGUUCACAAAUGGCUACUUCAUUCCCACUCCCAGAGCGCAAAUAAUAUUCUAUUAUCAGGAUAGUGAAAACAAUGCAAAAAUGUAUCUUUUUAGCUUCAAAUGUGAGUUUGAGUUUUAUCAACGAAAAAUUUAAAAUCACUAAAUUUUGCAAAAGUGCAUGUUUUUUUUUUACAUCAUUAACACUUUUCAACCGUCUGUCUUUCAUUUCCACUGUAAAUCUUUCAUCAGACUCCAUCCAAUGUUAUUUCACCUAAACGUCCGAAUUGCAUCAAAAUGCGCCGUGAUAUCUGAGUUGAGAUGAAUGUAAAAAUAAGUACCAUUGUGAUUCAAAAAUGAAUUUAUCGUAUGCUUUACUUUUACUCCUAAUAGAUGUAGAAAACACGAGAUUUUCCAAAUAUAUCAAAUGCUGAUGCUGAAUUUGUGCAAUUGUUAAAAUCUUAAUCUAUGCUUCUGUGCGACAAACUAAGUCAUGGUUAAAUGUGUACAUUUUUGUGCUUUAUAUAGCAAAUAAUCUGUAAAUCAAAGAUUUCAGAGUUUUAUUGUCAUACUCAAUAUUCCAAAUUUUUAAUGAAAUGUUUUAUUUCACGCAUUAUUUAUGUAUAUUCGAAUUUACAAAAGGUAUUCUUGAAUAUGUACCAGUAGUCUGUCUUACAUUGAAUUGAAAUUUAGUUUCAAAA